AUUUACGAUGAACAAGCAGUAGAUUGACUCGACCAAGCAGUAGUUGGUUUUUUUGCACACAACUCACAUUUUGUGGACGUUGUCAUAUGUACUUUUCUUCUCGAAAUAUCAGAACACAGCGACUUGAAACUUGACCUAAUUUCGCAUCACAUGAUCUGAACAACUCGCGGAAGCCAUAUUUCACCGGCGAGCCUUCGUGGCAGUGAGAGUGGGAGCUGUGUUAAAAGUGACAAUGGCUUCAAACGGCGGGUUUCAAAAUUCGGGCUAUAACAAUGAUCGACCCCCGUCAUCCACGGGUAGCGGUGACGCAGAUGUUGCAACCGAUCCAGCUAGUAGUAGCUUCUUUAUGAACGAUUACAAGAAGCAUGAUGACCUGAAGCAAAUGCUGGACACAAACAAAGACAACCUAAAGCUGGAGGCAAUGAAAAGGAUUAUUGGUAUGGUGGCCAAAGGAAAAGAUGCUUCUGAUUUGUUUCCAGCAGUGGUGAAGAAUGUUGUGUCCAAAAAUCUCGAGGUUAAGAAACUGGUGUAUGUAUACCUGACUAGGUAUGCAGAGGAACAGCAGGACCUGGCUCUUCUGUCUAUCAGUACCUUCCAAAGGGCCCUUAAGGAUCCUAAUCAGCUUAUUCGUGCCAGUGCCCUGCGUGUGCUGUCAAGUAUCCGAGUGCCUGUUAUUGUGCCUAUAAUGAUGUUAUCCAUCAAGGAGUCUUGCAAUGACAUGUCACCCUAUGUGCGCAAGACGGCUGCUCAUGCCAUUCCAAAGCUGUUCAGCCUAGAUCCAGAGCUGAAAGAUCAGUUGAUUGAAGUGAUUGAAAAGCUGUUGGCUGACAAAACAACACUGGUGGCAGGAAGUGCUAUCCAAGCCUUCGAAGAAGUUUGCCCAGAGAGAAUUGAUCUUAUCCACAAGAACUAUCGCAAGUUAUGCAACCUGUUGGUAGAUGUUGAGGAGUGGGGACAGGUGGUCAUCAUCAACAUGCUGACCCGCUAUGCCAGGACACAGUUUGUCAACCCUAACAGAGAUGAUAUGAUAGAAGAAGAAAGUGAGAAAGCCUUCUAUGGAUCAGAUGAGGAUGAAGAGAAAGAAGACAAGGAGGAGGAGGAGGAUGAUAAGCCGAAGAAGAAGCCGUAUGUAAUGGAUCCAGAUCACAGGCUGCUGUUGAGAAACUGUAAACCCUUGCUGAACAGCAGGAAUGCUGCUGUUGUUAUGGCAGUGGCACAAUUGUAUUAUCACUGUGCACCCAGAGCUGAGGUUGGAAUGGUUGCUAAAUCAUUGAUAAGGCUGCUAAGGUCUCACAAGGAAGUGCAAUACAUUGUCUUGAGCAACAUAGCCACCAUGUCUGUCAAAAGAAAGGGGAUGUUUGAACCUUUUCUCAAGAGCUUCUAUGUCCAUUCCACUGACCCUACCCAUGUGAAAUUAUUGAAGCUGGAGAUACUUACUAACUUGGGAACUGAGACAAGUAUCUCAACCAUUAUUAGGGAAUUUCAGACCUAUAUUACGAGUACAGACAAGGAGUUUGCUGCUGCUACUAUUCAGGCCAUAGGCAGGUGUGCCAGCACUAUACCUGAGAUCACAGACACCUGUCUAAAUGGACUGGUCAGACUCAUGUCUAAUAGAGAUGAAACUGUGGUUGCAGAAAGUGUGGUGGUAAUUAAGAAACUUUUGCAAAUGCAGUCUACGGAUUCUGUCUCACAGCCACAAGAACACAAGGAUAUCAUCGUCCACAUGGCCAAGAUGGCCCAGGACAUCACAGUGCCCAUGGCCAGAGCUAGCAUCUUGUGGAUGAUUGGAGAGUAUUCGGACCGAGUGCCUAAAAUUGCUCCUGAUGUGCUGAGACAGUGUGCAAAGAAUUUCAUCAAUGAGGAAGAUAUUGUUAAACUUCAAAUCCUUAACCUAGCAGCAAAGUUGUGCAUCACGAACUCCAAGCAAACUAAGCUGUUGUGCCAGUAUGUCUUCAAUUUGGCCAAAUAUGACCAAAACUAUGACAUCCGUGAUCGUGCACGCUUCCUCCGGCAGCUUAUCAUCCCUGGAGAGAAAGCUGGAGCUUUUGCCAAGUAUGCGAAGAAGAUGUUUCUUGCAACAAAACCAGCACCUGUUUUGGAAUCAAAGUUUAAAGACAGAGAUCAGUUCCAGUUGGCUACUCUCUCUCAUGUGCUUAAUACCAAGGCAACUGGGUAUAGAGAAAUUCCGGAUUUUCCCGAAGUAGCUCCAGAUCCAACAGUGAGAAAUGUGGAGGUACCUACAGCUUGGGUGGCAGAUACCAAUCUGCUUGCUCAGAAAAAGAAAAAGAAAGGUGGCAAAGUGAAGCCUGCUAAAAAGAAAUCAUUUUAUUCUGAUGAAGAGUCAGAAGAAGAAGAUGAAGAUGAGGAAGAAGAAGAAGACAGCUCUGAUGAAACUGAUAGCAGUGAAGAGGACAGUUCAGAGGAGGAAGAGGAAUCAGAUGAGGAAGAAGAUGAAGAAGAUGAAAAACCCAAGAAAAAAUCUAAGAAGGUUGAAGACGAGGAAGAUGAAGAGUCAAGUGAAGAAGUCGAUAGCAGUGAGGAGGAAGAAUCAAGUGAGGAAGAGGAUGAAGAGGAAGAGAGCUCCGAUGAAGAACCCCAACCUAAGGCCAAGUCCACCAAAGCUAAAACGGGGGCUACUUCCAAUGCAGCCAUGCUGUUAGAUUUAGAUUUGACAAUGUCACUAGGAGACACCCUUGUCAACCAAGAUGCAGAGGAGGCAGAGGUUGGCAGCACUGUAGCUAAUCCAGCAGCAGUUGGGAAAUCUGACUUCUUGAUGCCAGUCCUUGCACAGGACAUGAGUAGCCUCUCAAUAGGAGGUGACACAGGAAGAUCCACCACAGUCACUGCCCCAUCCUUCAUACCAACCAAAACAUAUGAACUGCUGAACAGAAUCACUGGGGGUGGCCUGAGUAUCACCUACAGGUUCACCAGAACAGUGUCAAUAUUUUCUGAAAAAAUGGCAUCAGUGGAAUUGACUUUGACGAACUCCAGUGACAAACCUGUUCUUAAUGUGAAAAUUGGAGACAAGAAACUUCAGUCUGGAAUGGAGAUUUUUGAUUUCCCUGAGAUUGGUAACCUUGGUGUUGGGGCCACUGUCACAGCGACUAUGGGCAUCAAUUUUGCUGACACCACCCAGCCAGCCACUUUCGAUGUCUGUACACAGGAGAAAAAAUUUUCUGUUACAGUGAAGGCACCUGUUGGAGAACAAAUACAGCCAGUUAAUAUGGCAGAGAAUGAAUUUGACAAACAGCAAGGUAAAUUAUCAGGAAUGAAUGAAAACAGUGGCACCGUGGAUAUGGCAACUGAAAAUACAGACAUCAAGACUAUAAGCAGGAGAGUGUAUGAGGUGGCCAAUGUUGUACAAGUGCCCUCAAUGCAAGACAAUACCUACAAGUUUGCUGGCAAGACUCUGUCAGCAGGUGCCCUGGUGCUCAUCUCAGUCAAACUUGAUGGGAGGAAAGCAGCAUUGAAAGUGAACUGUGAGAAGAUGGUCAUAGGCUCCAUGCUGCUCAAAGACUUGAAAGAUUCCAUGACAAAGAAAGACUAGAAGCCAUUAAAUUACUUACUUGGAUACGAUUUCGUUAAAAACUGAUCACUGUGAUUUCACAGAAGUGAACUAUUAUGUAUGUCAAAUUCUUAUGUUUUCGUUGCAAAUUAUUCAAGAAAGAAAUUAAGUAUGAUGGCGCAAACCUCAUUUGUUGUUACUGCAUAGAUUUGAUUUGCUUUGCUUUGCGAAACAUUGUUUAUUAUGAUAAUACUGUAAUGGAGAAGAACAAAGAGAAAACAAAGGACAAACUUAGUUCAAUCUCACAACUUAAUUUUUGGAAAAAAAUAAAUAUGUGAACACAACAUAGGUGAAAUGACCUUUCUAAGUUUCUUGGAUUAAUCCUGUAUCAAUUUUGAUUCUAUCCAAAUAGUUAUAUGAUAUUGUGAAACGGCAAAAUAAAUUUACUGAAGUCUGCGAAAAAAGAAAGGUUCAUAUAAAUCCUCACAGAUAUUAAAAUAUGCUUAGGUAAA